UUUUCAUAUAUGAAAGAAAGCUUUCCUUCUCUCUCGACCACAGUAAACCAUAGCAUAAUUUCAAUCGAUUUCAUCUCAUUUCCGCUGUCAACAUGGUAUCAGAGCCCGGAAUCUCAUAAAUUCGGUUAUCCUCUAUUGUCCGAUGUUACCCUCGAGGAGUAUCACCGGGAUUUUCGUUUGAUCGGAGAAUUUUUUUUUCGAAUCGUCAUUUUCUAUUUUUUUAGAUUGCUUGAGUUUUGCUGCUCAUUUUUGGGUUGUCUAUCUCCGGCUGGUCCCUGAAAUCUAAAUUUUCGGUUGCAAUGAUGUAUCUCAGCCUUCAAUUUUGCCUAAAUUUGAAGUCGUUGUUCUUCUGGAUUUUCGGAGCAUAGCUGGAUAAAUUCUUUUCAUUUCAAGGCCGUACUCUUCCGGUUGCGAAGAAUUGUGGUAUAUUCUUUCCUUUGUUUACUGUUUUCAUCUUCGAUUGCAUGUCUUAGGGUUUAUCGGAAUUUUUAGCUAGAAAUCGACAUUUUGUGUGGUUGAGUAUGCCUAUUUCUGAAAGUUUUGUCUGAUGGCUAUCUCGUCGGGUACCUCCUCUUCCUCUUCUGUGGAUAAUUUCACUACUGUUGAACACACUGCUACAAGUCGUCUUCCUUUUCAUCCUGAUGAUUAUACGCAUACAUGCCACCCUCUAUAUGUGCAUCCUUCUGACCUCUUAGGUUCUUCUUUGGUCACUGAGCCUUUUGAUGGCUCAUGUUAUGGGAGUUGGCGAAGGUCUAUUUUAGUGGCUUUGUCCGUUAGGAACAAGAUGGAAUUUAUUCAUGGAACCUCUGAGAGACCUCCAGAAGGGUCUACUCUUCUUCGCCAAUGGCAAAUAUGCAAUGAUUUAGUUGUUGCAUGGCUGGCUAACUCUGUGACCAAGGAAAUUCAUCGUACUGUUGUUUAUUCUGAGUUUGCCAAAGACAUUUGGAAGGAACUUGAGACCAGAUAUGGGAAGGCUGAUGGGCCCAGGGUCUUUGAGUUAAAAAGGGAGGUGGCUCAUAUCUCUCAGGGUGCCCUUGAUAUUACUUCCUACUUCAAUAAACUCAAACAACUUAGGGAUGAAUUGGCCUCUCUCUCUGCCAGUUCUGAUGUUAGGUGCACAUGUGGGGAAAGUAUUAGGUCUGAGGAAAAACAAAAGGUCUAUCAGUUCCUCAUGGGACUCGAUGACACUUAUGUUCAAGUCAGAAGCAACAUAUUGAUGAUCAAGCCCAUCCCUUCCAUUGACACAGUCUACAAUAUUCUUCUAAGUGAUGAGAAACAGAGGCAGGUGUCUACUGGAUCUCAUUUUUCUUCAGAAUCUGCUUCUUUCAAUGGUGAGUCUUCUAAGCAGUCUUACACUCCCAGGGUGAGUUUUGAUAAUCAAAGGGCUGCAAUCACUUGCAAAUACUGUAAAAAGACUGGGCAUAACAUUGAUAAGUGUUACAAGCUCCAUGGUUAUCCAUCAAAUUUCAAAUUCUCUAAGACUGCUGGUCCUAGGAAGGCUGCAGCACAUAGUACAGCUGAUUCAUCUGCAUCUCAGGCAUGUGUGUCUCAUCCAAAUGAUGGUGUUGUCCCAGCUGGUUUCUCUAAUUCUUCUUCUGCUUUUCCUGGCCUGACAAAGGACCGAUGUUCUCAGCUGAUACAACUUUUGUAACAAACUCAUGUCACUCCUGAUUCCUCUCAGUCACUCAUGGCUUCUGCACAUUUUGCUGGUAGGAUAGCCACUCAUAGUGUUCUUCUUAAGCCUGCUUUGUUUUCACAAGUUAGUAUUUCUGAUUGGAUCAUUGAUUCUGGGGCAUCUGACCAUAUGACCUCUCUCAAAUCUCUCCUCUUCAAUAUUCAACCUCUUACCGUUCCUUGUCUUGUUUCUCUCCCAAAUGGUUACAAAGUUAAAGUUACAAACUCUGGAUCCUUAACUUUGUUUCAUAAUUUCACUCUUCACAAUGUUCUUUAUGUUGCUAGUUUUCACUAAAAUCUAAUUUCAAUUCAUAAAUUGGUUGAUCAGUUUGAUGGCAUUGCAUAAUUUACUAAGGUUUUAUGUGUAUUACAGGGCCCUUCUCUGAAGAAUCCUCUAGCUCUUGGUAAAUUGGACAAUGGGCUCUACAAGCUGCAAGUACCCAUGUUUAGGCCUGAUAACUAUGUUUUAAAUUCUGUUUUUUCUUCUGCAUGUACUGUUUCUAGUAGUUCUAUUGUUUCCUCUUAUAAUUCUGCACCUGCUGUUUCUAAUAAAAUGGAUAUUGUUUGGCAUUUUAGACUUGGUCACAUACCAUUUUCUAGAAUGAAGGGCAUUCCUGUUUUUAGUCCUUGUCUCUCUUCUAAACAGUCAUUUCCUUGUUCUGUAUUUCCUUUGGCUAGGCAAACCAGACUCCCUUUCCCUAAUAGCACCAUUCACUCUACUGCUCCUUUUCAAUUGAUUCACAUUGACACUUGGGGCCCUUACCACUCUUCUACUUCCCAUGGUGACAAAUAUUUCCUUACCAUUGUAGAUGAUUAUUCUAGAGCUACUUGGACCCAUUUGAUGGGUGCUAAGAGCAAUGCUUUUGAUCUACUCAAAGCUUUCAUUGCUAUGGUUGAUACUCAUUUUCAUACUCAUGUUCAAACAAUUAGAAGUGACAAUGCUUUUGAACUAGGAUCUAGUACUAUUGGCUCCAAGUUCUUUUCUGCCAAGGGUAUAAUUCAUCAGACCACUUGUCCCUAUACUCCACAAUAAAAUGGUGUUGUGGAGAGAAAGCAUAGACAUUUACUUGAAACUUCUAGGGCUUUGUUAUUCCAAUCUAAACUUCCUAUUUCUUUCUGGGGUGAUUGCAUCUUAACUGCCACCUAUCUCAUUAACAGAUUCCCUUCUCCUCUGUUACAAUACAAAACUCCUUUUGAAUUGCUUUGUGGUUCACCUCCAUCUUAUGGCCACCAUAGGACUUUUGGUUGUUUGUACUAUGCUACUAUUCCUAGAGUCCUUAGGGAUAAGUUUGAUCUCAGGUCUGUCCCUUGUAUUUUUCUGGGGUAUCCCUUUGCUAAAAAGGGUUACAAAUUGUAUAAUCUUGUCUCCAAGUCUUGUUUUGUUUCAAGGGAUGUUCAAUUUCAUGAACAUAUUUUUACCUUCUACUCUAGUCCUUCCUCUUUUCCUUCUGUGUUUACUUCUUCUCCCUCUUUUCCUACUGAUUUCCAUUAUAUCCCAUGUCCUGGUCCUUCUCUUUCGUCUUCCCCUGUUCCUUCUGCCUCAUCUCCUUUACCUAAUUCCGACUCUCCAGCUUCAUGUCCUCCUGCUGAUACUCCUGUCAGGAGGUCCUCUAGGCCUCGUAAUCCUCCAAGAUAUCUUAAAGACUAUGUUUGUUCCCUUCCUUCCUCUUCUCCUUCUUCCUCCUCAUCAGCUUCCUCUUCUUCUUCACCUUUGGUUGAACAUGCCACUUAUUCUCAGGUUGCUUGUAUACCUGAGUGGCAGGAAGCUAUGACCCAGGAAUUUGAAGCUUUGGAGGCUAAUGGCACCUGGUCCAUUGUUGAGCUUUCUCCAGGCAAGAAACCCAUUGGUUGCAAGUGGGUAUAUAAGGUCAAACAAAAGGCUGAUGGGAGCAUUGAGAGAUAUAAGGCUAGAUUGGUUGUUAAGGGGGACACACAGGUUGAGGGUAUUGAUUUUCAUGAAACUUUUUCACAUGUUGUGAAAAUGUCCACCAUCAAGACCCUGAUUGCAGUUGCUGUUAAAAAGCAUUGGCCCAUAUUUCAGUUGGAUGUCAACAAUACUUUCUUACAUAGUGACCUUGAUGAGGAGGUUUUUAUGAAGUUGCCUCCUGGCUAUAUUAUUUCUUCUCCCUCCUCUUCUGGGCAGUUGGUUUGCAAAUUGCAAAAUCUUUUUAUGGUCUUAGGCAAGCCUCAAGACAGUGGUAUGCCAAACUCUCUUAAGCCCUGUCUUCUAGAGGUUAUCAGCAUUCCCUCAAUGACUACUCCUUGUUCACCAAGGUUUCUGGGGAUUCUAUUGUGGUUUUAGCUGUAUAUGUGGAUGAUAUUAUUUUAACUGGGACUGAUAGUACUGAGAUCUCUGCCCUUAAGUCUUUCUUUCAUCAACAGUUCAGAAUCAAAGAUUUGGGUUCCCUUAGUUAUUUUUUGGGUAUAGAAGUUUUCUAUUCAGCAUCUGGGGUUCUCUUGCAUCAGAAAACGUUUCUUCAUGACCUUCUUCUUGAGUUCCAUUGUUCUGAUGUCACACCUGUGGUUUGUUUCCUCCUUCAGUCAGUCAAGCUCAAGGCCAAGGAGGGUGUUCCCCUUCCUAAACCUGAGGUGUACAGGUCUUUGGUUGGGAGGCUGAAUUUUCUCACCCACACCAGUACUUGAAGGGCACUGCUGAGCUUGGAAUCUUUCUCAACAAUACCCCUGAUUUUUCUGUUGCUGCUUUAUGUGAUAGUGACUGGGGUGCUUGCCUAGACACUAGGAGAUAUGUCACAGGUUUUUGUCUGCUCUUGGGUGGUAGCCUUGUGGACUGGAAGUCAAAGAAAUAACCUGUGGUGUCCAUGUCUUUUGUUGAGGCUGAAUAUAGAGCCAUGAGCAAGGCUGUCAGUGAGGUUACUUGGAUGCACAUGUUGCUCUUGGAUUUGGGCGUUUCUUGUUUUUCUUCUAUUCCCUUGUUCUGUGACAGCCAAGCUGCUAUUCACAUUGCCAAGAAUCCUGUUUUUGAUGAAAGGACUAAGUGUUAAACUAUACUGAUAGUGUAAAAAAAUACUAAUGUGAUCAGCUUGUGUGAUUUUAACCCUGGAGUAGAGACAUUUGAAAAAUAAA